UAGAUUCAGUCCUCUGCUGCCUUCAACAUACACUCAUUGUACACAAACGGGCAGGCAAGCUCGCAGCAUCGAUCGUGGCUCCUUUAAGAAAAACUAAGCCAGAAUUAUCACCCCACCUCCUCUUGAUCUCAUUUAGAGGCUAUUGCAUACAAAAUCAACUCAGGAGCUGAGAGUGAUCAAAGAAACGCGAGAGAUUCAUUUUUGUGUGCAUUUGUGUAUUAACAUUAGGUGUGCUAACCAGUCGAAGCGCGCGGAGGAUCAUCAUUCAUUCAGUACUUUGACAAGCUCGCUUUUGAUUGACAACCGGAGUGGCAGAAAGCCAUGAGACUCUCUAGUUUUGUCUGAGGGCUAUUUUCUUACUGAUUUGGAGAAGAUUUGUGCGCUCCCCGUCGCUGUCCUGGGGAAAGCAGAGGACGUGUUUGCUUGGCUUUGGCUGAACUUGAGCUGAAGGACUUGGCUUCACCUCUUCCUUGAAAAGACAUACGGAUUUUUUGUCAAAAAGCCUCGCGUUUGGAAUUUGCGUGUUUAUUUCUUCUUCACCCUGGCCUCAUAGGGGAUAUAUUUGAAGUGAAAGGAAGACGAGGGAGAGAGGAGGGCGAUGGCGCAGAGGUACGAAGAUUUACCCCAUUAUGGGAUGGACGGAGUAGGAUUGUCAACCGCGAUGUAUCAGGAUCACCACGGCGCCAGAGCCAUGCCGGCUGUCCACCUGAACCAUGGGCCCCAGCUCCACUCGCACCAGUACCCGCACACGGCGCACACCAACACCAUGCCACCCAGUAUGGGCUCCUCAGUCAACGAUGCUCUUAAAAGAGAUAAAGACUCCAUUUACGGGCACCCCCUGUUCCCUCUCCUAGCACUGAUUUUUGAGAAAUGUGAAUUAGCAACUUGCACGCCCAGAGAGCCUGGGGUGGCAGGAGGCGACGUCUGCUCAUCAGAGUCUUUCAAUGAAGAUAUAGCAGUUUUUGCGAAACAGAUCCGAGCAGAAAAACCGUUAUUUUCAUCGAAUCCAGAGCUGGAUAAUCUGAUGAUACAAGCCAUCCAAGUUUUACGAUUUCAUCUUUUGGAGCUCGAGAAGGUACAUGAACUCUGUGACAAUUUCUGUCACCGGUACAUCAGCUGCUUGAAGGGCAAGAUGCCCAUCGACUUGGUUAUAGACGACAGAGAAGGAGGAUCAAAAUCAGACAGCGAAGAAAUCACAAGAUCAUCGGGGCCCCUUGAUCAGACCUCGUGGAACAGAGACCAUGACGACACGGCGUCCACGCGUUCUGGGGGCACACCAGGACCCUCCAGCGGAGGACACACAUCACACAGCGGCGACAACAGCAGCGAACAAGGUGACGUCCUGGACAACAGCGUGGCCUCUCCCAGCACAGGGGACGAUGACGACCCAGACAAAGAGAAGAAACGCAACAAAAAGCGUGGCAUCUUUCCCAAAGUCGCCACCAACAUUAUGCGGGCAUGGCUCUUCCAGCACUUGACGCACCCCUACCCUUCAGAAGAACAGAAGAAGCAGUUGGCGCAAGACACCGGACUUACCAUACUACAAGUGAACAACUGGUUCAUAAAUGCAAGAAGGAGAAUAGUUCAGCCCAUGAUUGACCAGUCUAAUCGAGCAGUAAGUCAAGGAGCUCCCUAUAACCCAGAUGGUCAGCCCAUGGGUGGGUUUGUCAUGGAUGGACAGCAGCACAUGGGAAUCAGACCACCUGGACUGCAGGGCAUGCUUGGGGAUUACCUGUCUCAUGGCGGUCCAGUGGGUAUGGGCAUGGUUCAACCGAGCUACAGCGCCCCCCCCCACUCUGCUCAGAUGCGACACGGGCCUCCUAUGCACUCCUACAUUCCUGGACACCCCCACCACCCAGCGAUGUUGAUGCACGGAGGACCACCACAUCCCGUCAUGCCCAUGUCUGCACCCAGCCCUCGCGUGCCCCACCCUGGCGAUCCCACCAUGGGGGGACCUGUCAUGGACAUCCACGCCCAGUAGUUUUUUAAGGGGAUUCUUAUAAAAAAAACUUGCGAGUUGCGAUUGAAAGAAGCUAAACUGUGAUGCAUUGGUGUGUGUCCCCCCCCUACCUACCCCCCACUCCAACCCCCCC